AUGAAAUUCGACGAGAUUCUAGCAGAAGUCGGUGAAUUCGGACCGUACCAGAAACGGCUUUACUACCUGGCGUGUUUACCAGCAGUGAUGGCCUCAAUACAGGCCCUCCUUCCUGUCUUCAUUCUUGGAAUCCCUAAGUACAGAUGCAAGAUUCCAGGUCUGGCUAAUGACACUUACGCGAUCCAGAACGAGGCUCAUGCAAAGCUAAUUAACAUGACGAUACCGCCGCCCUCUGCCGGCGAAGAGGGACUGUACUCCCACUGUACUAUAUACAAGUCUGAGAACAACACAUGGAGAGAUUUUACUGAAAUCACAAACACAACUCCACAAAUGGCGUGCACGUCCUGGGUGUACGAUACGACGUGGUUUUAUCCAACAGCUAUUACUGAGUUUGACAUGGUGUGUGGACACGAGAUCAUGAGGACACAUUCUAACAUGGUGCGAUUUGGCGGAGCUCUAACUGGUUCGCUUGUAUUGGGGAUGACUACUGACAUAAUUGGUCGAAAGAAAACUCUGUUGACGGCAAUUAUGCUUCAAAUAUGCUCCGGUAUAGGUGUUGCCUUUGCUCCAAAUGUCAUCACAUUUGUUGUGUUCACGUAUCUCUCCGGAAUAUCCAGAAUUGGAGAAUUCAUGAUCGCUUUUGUUAUUGCUAUGGAACUGGUGGGACCUUCGAAGCGGACAUUUGUUGGGCUUGUAAUAGAAGUCUUCUGGUGUAUAGGUUUGAUCAUCCUAUCAGGAUUAGCCUACUUCAUACGGGACUGGAGACACCUGCAACUGUCCGUGACGGCUCCAGCUGUACUUUUCUUCCUCUAUUGGUGGUUAUUACCAGAAUCUCCACGAUGGCUUCUUUCACGCGGUCGAUUGGACGAAGCUGAAGUAAUCAUCAAAAGGAUUGCCAAAUCCAAUGGCGUCACAAUGAGAAAAGGUCUCAUGAGGGACAUAACUUUGGAUGAGGGACCGCACGCCAAGAUAACAGCCAUGUUUACCUCCCCUGUUCUGCUUCUCAGAUGUGUUAUCAUUUUCUUCAAUUGGAUGGCUCUUAACGCCAUAUACUACGGCAUCAGUCUAAACGUCGGCAACCUCAGCGGCAACGUGUACCUCAACUUCGUCAUCUCCAGCCUUGUAGAGCUAUCUGCUUACGUCACACUGAUAUUCAUAAUGGACAAGACGGGGAGACGGAAGCUAUACGUGGCUUCAAUGGUGACUGGAGGCAUUGCAUGUCUGACGACAGUUUUCCCAUUGGUCUAUGGAACCGCAGCACACACGUGGGUGACUGUUACCCUAUCGAUGAUUGGACGGUUUGGAUCUUCCGCUGCUUUUGCUAUAAUUUACGUCUUCUCUGCUGAACUUUUUCCGACAGUUAUACGUCAGUCGGGCAUAGGGUCAGGAUGUAUCUUCGGUGGGCUCGGAGGAAUGAUUGCCCCAUACAUUUCAGAUAUGGGAAUUCUUUUAGGCGGCCAUCUCGCUUCAGUGUUGCCGAUGGUCGUGUUUGGAGGGAUUACUGUCUUCGCAGGACUGACGUCUCUUGGUCUGCCGGAAACUCAAAACAGAAAAUUGCCAGAGACAAUAGAGGACGCUUUGCAGUUUGGAAGAACCGAAACAGUCAAACAAGAGCUCCGUUUGUUCGCCUUAAAGCGUCAAUCUGAUGGUAAGGACAGACCGAGGUGCGAGGCGGAGGAUGGAGACAAAGCUGGUUGUCAUACAGAACAGAAAAUAUCACUAUUUUAGAGGAACAAGAUACAUAUUUUACACAUAAAUAUAAUAUGUAUAUAUUCAGUUAAAUAGACAUUCAAAUGGGCUAUGUUUUCAAAUGAAAUGUAAUGGAUAUUUGCCCAAGACAAGGCAGCACAUAUGAUCUUCAAUAGAUCCCUUGCUGCUAAUGGAAACAUGUAGUGGGUUUUGACAUAUAUAAUAACUUUACUCGCAUUAGGGCUAAUAGCCCUUGAGUACAUACUAUAUACAUAUAAACAGAUAUAUAAUGUUAGUAUAUGUCACGGGGAUUCUAUAGUACCCGUAACUGAAUAAAACACGAUUAUCAAAAUAUCUCUCCUAACUGUAUA